AUGCUGCCACGAAAUCACGACCGAGGGUGGCGUAAAUUAGGUUCCGCGUUCCAUACACCUACGUCGACCGAAGAUAUCAUCAGUUUCACAUUUCCGAGUCGCUUCACAUUAGAAAGAAAGGCAGACCUAGCUCCCCCAUGUAUGAUUUUUGCCAUGGCAUCCAUCGGCGCCAUCUACUACGACGAUGAGCUAACCGCUGCUUCGCUUCAUCGCAUGUCUAAAGCCAAUACAAUCAAAUAUGUUCAACUGAGCCAGCUCACUAUCGCAGAUAAAAAGCUAUGGGUACUGCAGUGUCUUCUUCUAGUUAUGGCAAACGGUACGAAGAGUGGAGAUUUCCGGACCUUCCAAGAAGCAGCGUCAUUAGCCUCUCUUCUGAUCGAGAUAAUUGGCAUUUUGAACGCAGAAAGCUGCCCCCCUACGCACCAGAGUCAGACGGAGGAGACGUUGAUCUUUUGCGACGAUGGCAGAAGUAGAUUGACUUUGAGACAACUGUGCGAGCAAUUUGCUCGAUAUACGUCUAUCUGGGUGCGCUAG